AAACUUCACUUGUCAAUCGUCAUUUCAUUACCAUUCAGUUGUCAGAUUGACAGAAAAACAAAAAUAUUAACUCGUGUUCUGCGUGCAGAUUUCCUCCCUUUAAUUCACUGAAAAGCUACACAUAAACAUGAAUUUACUACCUAAAAGCCACAAGGAAUUCAGUGAGAAGGAUUACUGGAAUAAAUUUUUCAAGAAACGCGGCAACAAAGCAUUUGAAUGGUACGGCGAAUACCUAGAACUGUGUUCUCACCUGCACAAGUACAUGAAACAGACUGAUAACAUUCUUAUAACAGGAUGUGGUAACUCGAGUCUCAGUGCUGAUCUCUAUGAUGUUGGAUUCACGAACAUAACCAACAUUGACGUCUCGGAAGUCGUCAUAAAGCAGAUGAACAAAAUCAACGCACAGAGAGCUAAGAUGAAAUUCCUUUGCAUGGAUGCACUGAACACUAUUUUUCAAAAUGAGGAGUUUAAUGUUGUUUUAGAUAAAGGAACUCUAGAUGCGCUCAUGCCUGAUGAUUCAAAAGAAACAAAUGAGACCAUAGACAAGUAUUUUAAUGAGAUAAAAAGAGUUUUGAAGCUUGGAGGUCGAUUUGUGUGCAUAUCUUUGCUGCAAAGUCACAUUUUAAAUAAGUUGUUGGCAUCUUUCUGUGAUAAAUCUUGGAUGUUUAGAGUGGUGAGAUGCCAUGAGGCAGAGGAGAAAAAUGCAGAAAAUGGAGAUGGAACCACUUUGCCUGUAUUUGUUAUAAUAGCUACAAAGUUUAAAGAAAUGCCACAAUUGAUAGCAGAGGUAUGCCUGGCUGGAGACAAGAUGCUACGUCUGAAGACAGCGGAGGAUCUCCGUGAGUGUGUAAAAUCCGUACAGGACACAGCAUUUGUGACCAAUGGUCUAGCCAAAACUAGCCUUGAUGAUGAAGAGGUAUCCCUGGACCUGAUGCAGCCCGGGAACGAUUCCCCGCGGUACACUCUCUACGUGGUUGACCAGAAACGGUCACAAGCCGUCAACAAGUAUGCCGUAUUCAUCGUGCCACAGGGCAGAGAAUCCGACUGGCUCUUCGGGACCCCUCAAGGUCGUCGUCAGCUCCAAGACUCGGCGCGCUUCGCGAGGCUGGUGGUGGCUGUGCUGCGCCGCGGCCAUACCUUCAGCAACCUCGACGCCGUUAAAGAGGAACUAGCGCAUUCCGCUAAAAUGCUGAUACCGCACGGUUUUAGUGGACAGAUCCCGUUCCUUUCGCUGGGCAGCGACGUGGGCCGCCGCGUGACCGUCCACACCGGCGCGUCCAAACUGUCCGGCGCCUACGUGGUGGAGGACGUGCACGUCGAGGGCGCGCCGCACCGGCGCCUGGUGUUCCUGGACAACCAGUUCCUGGUGCAGAGCGAGGCCAAGCUGAAAUCUGUGAAAAAGAAGAACAAAACUAAACUAAUGGUUGACUUCGGUCAUCUGUCCCACUACCACGCCUUCAUGUCCGUGGGAGCCUUCCUCCGCCCCUCCAGCAUGGCGGUGCUCGGCCUGGGAGGGGGGGGACUCUGCAUGUUCCUCAGGAAGUGCUUGCAAACUGUAGUGACCGCUGUGGAGAUAGACCCGAGCAUGCUGGAGAUCGCGAAGGAGCAUUUUGAGCUGAAAUUGGAUGACGGAAUGAAGGUGGAAAUCAAAGAUGGUGUGGAUUUCUUGAAGGACGAAGCUGAGAAAGGUACCCAGUACUCGGUGGUGAUGUUCGACAUGGACAGCAAGGACAGAACGGUGGGGCUGUCGUGUCCACCGAGACAGUUCCUCCAUGAUGAGCAACUUGCGAGGGUCAAACAAAUACUUACUAACGACGGCCACUUCAUCCUCAACCUCGUCUGCCGCGACAACACACUUCACGACUCCAUCAUACAAACCCUCAAACAGCACUUCACACAUCUCAUCACCGUGAAGCUGUACGAAGAAGUCAACGAAAUCGUCUUCGCGACCAACGGCGAAGCAUACUCUAUUGAGAAGUUAGAGGAGGCAGCGAAAGGGUUGAAUGCCGUUUGUAGGCAGAGAGGGUUAAAUAGGAUAAAGUGUGUGGAUUUGAAGGACUUUUUGCAAUCGAUUAGUAUAGUUUCGUAGUGAUAAUACCAGAUGUCGCUAGUAGUAUAUAAGUUACAUUUAGGAAUGUUUACGUUAAUCAUGUUGUUAUUGUAAAUAUAAGUAUAAUUAAUAAAAAAAUAGUGCAUUUAAUGCUAUUUCUUGUUUGUUAUUCCUAUUUCAUCCACUAAGUACAUCAUACAAACCUAAAACAACACUUCACGCAUAUGCAUGACGAUAUAGGGAGCGUGCAUGAACUGUAGGAGGCAGCACAGGAGCCGUCAGAUUUUUGGCGCGAGGCGUAAAUGUGAUGUUUAUUGUUCCGAUGUAGCCCACAAGAUGGCAGAACCUACCAUGCACAACAAAACACGUGACGUGUAAAUUUACAUGUUUAUUGUUCCGAUUCAGGCCACAAGAUGGCAGACCCUCCAACGCGCACGUUCCCUAUCGAU